AUGGCGGAGCGGAGCGUGCUUCUGGACGGGUGCAGCAAGGCCUUUGCCAUGACUGGCUGGCGCCUGGGUUUCGGCCUCUUCCCCGCAGAGCUGGUGGAGCCUGCGAGGAACCUGGCCAUCAAUAGCUGGACCUGCGUGCCGCCCUUCGUGGCCGCCGCGGCCGUGACGGCGCUGCAGUCCCCGGAGGCGGAUUUCGAGUACAUGAGGCUCGAAUAUGCUGCCAGGCGUGACUUGGUCUUCGAGCGUUUGGCCAACCUGAAAGGCUUCUCCAUCGCCGUGCGGCCGGCCGGCGCCAUGUACCUCCUGGCCAACGUGACGGGCACAGGGCUGUCCUCGAGGGACUUCGCGGAGAAGCUGUUGGAGGAGGAAGGCGUGGCCUUGCUGGAUGGCAAAUACUUCGGCGCGGCCGGAGACGGUCUGGUGAGGAUCUCCUUCGCGCAAUCUCGGGAGAUCCUGGCGGAGGGUUGUGCUUCUUGGCGAGUGAGUGGAGAUGCGCCGUCCAGGAGCGCAUCAAGAGGUUCGUCCUUCGGGUGUCUGAAUGAGUUCCACGUGUCCGAGCGAGUGCUUGCGGAGCAGGAGAAGAAGCUGCAGGCAUGUUGGGUGGCGGCCCCGGAUCCUGAGAUUGUGCUGAAGCUGCCGGUGCUGGUGGUCUAUGUGCUGGACGAAGGGCAGCUCCGGACCGGGAAGUUCCGGGCGAAGUUCCUCUUGCAGAGCCUGGCGGCAUGCAAGGCGAACCUCCAGCUGGUCGGCUCGGAUCUGCUGAUCCGCUUGGGGCGGCCUGAGGAGGUGCUACCGCGGCUCCUGGCGGAGGGCUCCGUGCUGGUGACCCAGGAGGAACCCACCUUUGAGGAGCAGGCCACGGACCGUGCCCUCCAAACGGGGCUUGCCGUCGCGGAGAAUAUGCGGUGGGAGUACGUGUGGGGCGCUACGCUGAUCCAUAAGGAUGACCUGCCCUUCCAAGCAGACCUCAAGGACAUGCCAGACGUAUUCACGGCUUUCAAGAACCAGGUGGCUCCGGAACUGAAGUGUGCCUGCAACCAGGUGCCUCCGGACUAUCGCGAUGCCCCCAAAGCAGAGACUGCCUUGAACAUUCGCAGGUGCCUUGCGCCCUUGGGCUUUGGGUCGCUACCUUUGCCGGCUUUGGACUUCGGCUUUUUGCCGUGCUGGUCGGACCUUUCCUUUGGCGAGAGUGAGAGCGAGCCGGAGCUGCCUUUCGGCAUCGCGGGCGGGGAAUCUGCGGGCCAAAGGAGGCUGGAGGAAUUCAUGGGAUCACCAAUGGCCAGGUAUGCGGAGUCCAAGAACAACAUGUUGGCCCUGGACGCCUCCUCCAAGCUGAGCCCAUGGCUGGCCAAUGGCAGCCUGUCGCCGCGCCGCGUCUUCGAGGCUUUGCGGCGCCGGGAGGCGGAAAUCUCCGCAGACGCGGCCACGUAUUGGUUCACCUUUGCCCUGCUGGUGCGAGAUUUCUUUCACUUCAUGGCGAAGAAACAGGGCAGGCGCAUCUUCCUGGAAGGUGGGGUCAUUGGGAAGAGGUUGGCUUGGAAGGGUGGAGAUCGAGAGUUCCAGCUCUGGCAGCAGGGGCAGACUGGGUUUCCUUUGGUGGACGCCAACAUGCGAGAAAUGGCGACCACUGGGUGGAUGUCCAACAGAGGUCGCCAGAACGUGGCGUCCUUUCUGAUUUGGGACCUGCAGGUGGAUUGGCGCCGGGGUGCUGACUGGUUCGAACGAUGCCUGCUGGACUACGACGUGGCCUCCAACUGGUGCAACUGGGUUGCAGCCGCUGAGCUGACAGGUGGCCGGGUGAACCGCUUCAACGUGGUGAAGCAGUCCAGGCAGUACGACCCAGAAGGCGAGUAUUUGCGGCGCUGGCUGCCGGAGUUGCGGGAACUUCCUGCGGAGUGGAUUCAUGAGCCGUGGCGUCGCGAGGGUAGCAAGCUGUCGGCGUACCCACCGCCCUGUGUGCCGCUGGAAGCGCCAAAGGAUUCGGAAUGGGAACCUGGGAUUCAGAUCCGUCCUCACGGGUCCUAA